CCCCAGAGCCCCUCACGACUGACCGCCUUCAUCUCAUCCCUCGCCGUCCUGCCAACUCCCCGCUGAGCCCCCUGUGCUCUCGCUCCCAUCGCGGACGGCUUGAAGGAACAGAGGCCCCGGUCUCGCCCCAGGCAGCUCUCUACGGUCAUCGGUCGUCGCCCCCGCAGUGCGCCCUGCUCGACGAAGGUCAUCAUCGGACGAGAUGUACACCUCGACACUCAUGCAGCGCCUGCCCCGGCCCAUCGAGUUUUCCCUCCCCUCGGUCCACAUCCACAUACCGUCCAUGCCGUCGCUCCAGCUCACGUCGACGGACCUCGGACUCUACUGGUCGUCGCUUACCCUCCUCAUCUGUGCGGCCGUCUUGUGCUACGCAUGCAUCACUCGCAUACUCCUCGCCCGCUUCAGGCUCGCCGGGGAGAAGACGGGACAUGCGGUCGUUGCUCGCGUGCGCGCGGAUCAAGUCGUCAGCGACAUGUCGCCCAAAGGAGAUGCGAACACCGAAGUCCUCAGCGAAAAACGCCGGAUAACGCUCUCCAUACAAUGGCCAUCUCCCCCCUCGGUGCGACUGCCCGCUCUGCGGCCGCACUUCCCCUCUCUCCCGACGUUCUCGUUCGACCUCUCUUCGAAGUUGCUUGCCUUACUCGGGGACGACGAGGACUUCCCGUCGCCCGCUCCCCCAUCUCCGGGGUCACCGAACUCUGGGUCGUAUUCGCCUACAUGGACCAUCGACGGCGCACAAUACCGCCUCCCGCAACGGUCCGCACAGCCGCCGCUAAUCAAGGUUGGCCCGCCGCCUUCUGGUCGGCGUAUGCCCUCCGCACCCAUGGCCCCACCGCCACGCCAAGGCGGCGUCUGGCACCCGGUCCGUUCGCAAGCUUACGCCCGGCCGUCGUCGCCGUCCCCACCGGGCUCGCCUGCCCAAAGCGCACCCUCGCGGCCGACACGGCACCGACGGACGGCUUCGACGUCCUCGCUCACUUUGCCGACCCCGUCCUUGCAGCAAAUAUCCCCGACCCCACCGGCGCUUGCCUCACCUGCGUUCACCGUGAACCAGAUGGGCGGGUAUGCCGGCCACGGCCAGCCGAUGAUCAUGGCGAAGCUCAUCAUGAGCAGAUACUCUGUCCGUAGACCGCGAGGUCAGCGUUCUUAUACAAUCGGUGCACCGUCGAGCCUCCGGACACCUUCUCCCGUAUAACACGCCGGCCAAUUCGAAGAAAAAUUAGCAUCAACGGACUAUAUCACGCUAUUUACGCUAUUUAUGACUUCUUGUGGCGCGGAGGGACGGCGAGGAGUGAUUGUAUAUUCGUAGGGUUGCAGGGGGGAUUGGUUUUGCGGACUACAUCGCUCGCCGUUUUCUGGCGCUGCUGCUUCUAUCCGACCCGUACGUUAUACUGACCUUGACGGUUUGGCGCGCUUGGUCGGUAUCGGUAUGCCUAGAUCAUGCGUUGCAUGUGUACGUGUGUGUUUGUAGCCAUCACGGACGAGUUUCACGCUUUCACUCAUAUCGGGUUCGAGACAAC